AUGAUUCCUCAUGGGAGCACUUUUAGAAACUUUUGUGCCAAGGUUUUGAUUGGGAUUCCUGACUGCGUUGAUUUUAUUUCAUCCAUUUGUGCUUUGUAUUUUAAUAUUAGUGACGUUAAUAUCAAUGAUAUACUAAAUAGCUUUUAUUUUGAUAUUGUAUCCAACUUUAUUAAUCAAAAAGAUCCUGAAAUCCCGUUAACUAUCUAUUUUAAAGAUGAUCUGAGUUGUGAAAAUGGUGUUGACUUUUCUAACAAAAUUGUCGUUUCAUAUGGAAAAAGGGAAGAUGUUGCAGAUUUAGUAAAUUUUAUUCUUUUUUACAAGCUUUCCAGUAGUAAUAAGUUCACGAAAGGUUUCAUAUUAUUGCCAUUAGUCUCCACUAGCGAGUUCCCUUUGAAUUUAACAAUUUUGUCCCAUUUAAAAAGUUUGUUGACAUUCUAUUCUGCUUCGAACACACACAUAAUUGAUGGAAAUACUGUUGAAAAUAAACAAAUAUCUGAAAAGUUAAGACAAAUAUUGUUUUUAACCGAGGAUUUAGAAAAGGAAUUUGUUACAGAUGACCCAAAAUUUCCUUUUUGUAAAUCACUUAUUCAGUAUAUCGACCCAGAUACUAAAACAUUAAAAGUUUAUGAAAUUAAGAUAAAUGAUGAAUUCGUAUUGGAAGAUAUAAAGUCAGAUGUUAGGGAAUGGUCGACUGAGAUAUUUCAAAUAAUAAAAAGGUACUUGUCAAUGUUUUCUGAAGAUGAAGAGUAUGAUACUAGUGAUAUUUCAGACUAUAUUUCGGAAAAAUCUAGUAUUAGUUCUGGUUCUUAUGAAACUACAUCCAGUUCAUUUGAUACUAGCGAUACAUCAUCAGACACCAGUGACACAUCGUCCGACACUUCAGAUAGUUCAGAUACCAGUGUGAUUGAUAAUUCAUUGCUUACUUUAAAAACAAGCAAGAUCCAGCGUUUAACUACUGGAUUAGUGAAUGAUAUAUAUGGAUAUGUUCACGAAAUCUGCUCCAAUAGUAUUGAGUUGUUUGAAGAAAUUGAAUUUUGGAAUAAUUAUCAAAUUGAGAUAAAUGAAUUGAGAAAGAAAAUGGAAUCUCCUAAUUUUGUUAAUACUUUAUUAUUGUUGGAGUAUAAUGGAAUCUCUGUAGAAAAUAUAUACUCGUUUAAAGAAUCUAAAGGUUUAGUAUCUAAAAUCGUGGAAGAAGUUAAGGAAAUCAAUUCAUUUAUGGCAGAAUUGAAGGCGGAUAACUUUAUUAACUGUGAAAAGUUAUCAGAUUUUCCUCUGUUGAUUGAGAAGGUAUUUACUACCCUGAGAAAAUAUAAACAUUUAAGGUAUAUGAAAAGUGAUAGAUUAUUAUUAUUGAUCAACUCAAUAAUUUUGAACUCAAUAUAUUCUGUUAGCAGAAUAAUAUCAAUUGAGCUGAAUCAAACAAUGGAAGAAAAUCACAAGGUAUUAAUGAAAUCUAUAAGAAUCGUGUAUGACUUAAAGAACAGAACUGUUGACUUGGUAAAAUAUUUUGAAAAAAAUAAUCAACUUUUAACCUUGAAUAAUAAUAUGAUAAUAAUAUUGGAUUUGUAUAGAGAUAUUUUGCAGUCAGUUUGUAAAAUUCACGAGAAAUUUGUAACUCUAAACUCUGAUAUGAGUACUGUGAUUUCAGAGUUAUCUGAAUACUUGGAAGAUAAUUCAGAACUUGAUAAUUGCCCGAAAAUAAUUACAGAAUUAAAUGAAAUAAAUUCUAGUGUAUCAGAAUCAAAUAGGUUGUUUGUAGAAAGUGUAAUUUCUGGAUACAGUAACCUAAAUGAGGGGAUGGAAAAUGUACUGAAACUUGAUGAUGUUAUCUUUGAAACAAAAUACAAAGUUGAGAAUUAUAAAAAUGAAUUUUUAAAGUGUGUAAACAGUUAUUUGUAUACUCUGGACUUAUUUGAAGCGUUUCCAGUUAUUGAAAUGAUUAAUUCACUUGACGAGUCGGAGUGCAAGAGCAUGCUUGUAUUUAAUGUCGAUGUGUAUAUUGAUCAAAUAACUGAUGAAUACGAUAAAAUCAUACGUGAUAUUGAUGAUAAUGAUUAUGAAGCUGUUUUAAUACCAUUUCAGUACGAUAAUAUUCCUUAUAAAGAUAUGGUUAUACAAGAGAGAAUUAUGAACUUGGUACAUAUUGUAGAUGUUUUAAACACAAUAUCAUCAAAAUCAAUACUAAAAACAACCAAAAAUAACUUAAACGAACUGCUAAAAAAUCCAAAAUUGAAUUUUCGAAGAAUCGAUUUUAAUUAUUCAGACGAACAUAUCAGUCUGAGUUCAAAUAAUGAAUAUAGAGAGAAAUAUUUACCAUACAUGACCCACCUUGAUAGAUAUCACAAGUUGUUAAAAAAUCAUAUUUUCACUUCAACCAAUACUAUACUAGAUGAAAUACUAAUUAUAAGACAACUCGACGUUGAGGUGUAUGAUAAAAACAUAUAUGAUGAUAUAAUUUUGAUAGAAAAGAUAUAUAAAGAAUAUAUGUACUUUGUACAGGAAAGUUCAGAAUUAUCUGAUAAAUUACUUCAUAUAAUUGGGGAUAAAUCUUAUUUGAAUCACAUAAAUAUAUCUACGUUGGUUAGAGUGUAUAAGUUAAAAAGGAAAGAGAUUCAGAGUUUUUUAGAGUUUGAAAAGAAUAAUUAUAAAAUCAGGUCAUAUUUCACAAAACUAAAACAAGACUCGGAUGAUGUUACAAUUGAAUAUAAACAUAUUUCUAUUGAGUUUUGUGAGAUUUAUGGUUUAAACCAAAUUUACAUUUAUAGUAUUGAUAAUAUUGAUUACAUAAUAGAUUAUAUUAAUGAUAAUAUUACAAAGUUACUGGUGAUAAAAUCAUCAAAAUGUGACCUUAAGAUCCUAAAUAACUGUGAUUUAUGGAUUUGUGCAAUAGAAAAGUCUAAAUCCUUUGUUGAGAAUUUUAAAAUGUUUAAUGAUAAAUUUCAAAAAUUACUGAAUAUAGUUUCAUGUAAAUUUAUGGAUUUCAAAGACCAUGGUAAUAUUAUCUGCUCAUUGAAGGAGGAUAUUGACAAAUUAUCGGAGGUAAACAAAUUAAGUAAUAUUGAACAGGAACACCUUUUACUCUUUCAAUCAAUGAUUAAAAGAGUUGAUGAUAUAGAAAAGGUAGCAAAGAAACGAUUAAAUGAUAUCAGAUAUAAAUGCCCUAGGCUUUAUUUCAUUAAUGAUGCUGAUUUGGUUGAGUUGGUUGGAGGUGGUGAUAUGGAUUUAUUUUUAUCAAGAAUAUUUCCUGGGAUUGCAAGGGUUAUAACUAAUGAGAAUAUUGUUUCGGGAAUAGAGUCCAGUCAGGGGGAAAUUAUUAUUUUUGAUAGUAAAAUUGAUUAUUGUUCAGGAGAUAAUAUUAAAUUUAUUAAUGAGUUGGAUUCAAUAAUAAAGUGUACCAUUAAAAGGUUAUUUACAUUGGGAUUGGAAGAGUUAAAAGUUUGUUAUUCUCAUUUCAAUUUUGAUGAUAGUUUUUUCUCCAAGUGGAUUUCAAAAUAUCCUACACAAAUAUUAAUUUUGACAUUAUGCAUAUGCUGGACUGAAUCGGUUGAAUGCUGUAAUUCAUUUACAAAAAUAUUAAAUUUCUUAUCUAAAAUUAUAAAUUUCAUAAUUUCAAAUACGAUUGAUGUGUUUGAUAAUUUGAAAUAUUAUCAAUUGUUUCUACUACUAAAUUACCAAAUUAACAAAACUAGAGAGAUUGAAAUGGGUGAUAAAUCAAAAUUGGGUUGGCUAAAAUGUGUGAGAUAUUAUCAUGACAACGAUGAUGUUAUUAUAAAAAUUAUGUAUAAAGAAUAUAAAUAUAGUUUCAAUUAUUUGUUUAAUUGCCAAAAAAUGAUAACUACAAAAGUGACUGAGCAUUUUUACUCAAUAGCAUCCAUGACUUUAAGUUGUAAUUUAUUACCCAGUGCCCAAGGGCCUGCAGGUACUGGAAAGACCGAGACAAUUAAGUCAUUAUCAUAUAUAGCAGGUUCAAACGUGAUGGUUUUCAAUUUAAGUGAAUUGUACGAAGUUGAGGAUAUGGAGAAAAUUUUAUCUGGGCUCUAUCAACUAGGAUUUUGGGGAAUAUUUGAUGAGUUUAAUAGGCUAAGUGAGUGUGUUUUAUCAUCAGUAACUGAAAAAUUAUCAAACAAAAAUAUAACAUUAUUGGAUAGAAAUAUACAAGUUAAUGGAAAUAGUGCAAUUUUUAUUACUAUGAAUCCUGGAUAUUCAGGAAGGAGCGAGCUACCAUUAAACUGCCUUAACUUAUGUCAGCAGUUUUUCAUGGAAAAAAUUGAUUUGCAUUCAAUAUUAAAUAUAAAUUUAAAGAUUUUUAGUUUUAAAUUUUGUUCAAAACUUUCGGACAGAAUUAUUUUCCUCCUAAACUCACUUGAUUUAGUGUUCACAUCAGCCAAGUUUGAUUUUGGCCUUAGAUUCGUCAAGAAUUUACUUAAUAUUAUAAAGAAUUUGAUAAUAACAUCAAUAGAAUGGACUGAUGAGUAUGAUAUAUUUCUUCAAUCAUUAAACAGGCUAUUAUUACCAAGAUUAACGAAUGAAGAGAAAGAGCUCUACAAACAUUUUAUAAAGAACAAUGCUGAGUUAAAAUAUUCUAAUGAUGAACUAGAGUUUGUUGAAUUAAUAAAACUUUCAAAUGUAGAUGAUAUUAUUCUAAAUAAAUCACUUGAAAUAUAUCAAAUGUCAAAGAUAUCAAGUCUAGUUAUACUAUAUGGUGAAUCAGGUACAGGUAAAUCGUUAUCAUUUGAUAAAUUUAUCGAGUGUAUUGAGAAAACUAAAGAGGUUGAAGUUGUAAAGUUUGAUCCAAACUCUUUAGAUACUUGUGAACUUUAUGGAUAUAUGGAUGUAGAUGAUUGGGUUGAGGGAUUAAUUCCUAAAAUAUUAAAAUCAAACCCUGAUAAAGAUAUGUAUAUAGUAUUUGACGGUGAUUUGAAACAAGAAUGGGUUGAAAACUUAAAUAGUCUAUUAGAUGAUAAUAGAAUAUUAACAUUGUCGAAUGGAGACAGAAUAAGUCUCCGGAAUAAUGUAAAAAUAUUUCUUGAAACUGAUUCAUUAAAAGAUAUAACUCCUGCAACUGUAUCAAGGAGCACAAUUGUAUUUUUCGAUUGUAAAAUAGGUACAAAUUCAUUAAUUGGUAGUGAUACUCAACUAGAUUCACUUGGCAAUGAAUCUGAGUCUUUCAUAAUAAAAUGUAACGAUUCAUGUGAAUCAAAACUUUUAAAGAGAAUCGAAUGGCACUGUGUUAUUAACACAAUAUAUUUAUCACAAGGAUUAGGGUCUAGAGAUAUAAUUAACUAUUUAUAUUCAUUACUAGGUGAAAAUAUACAGGAAAAUGCUAUUGGAGAUGGAUCAAAAAGGACAACAAUAUUAGUGAAGGAUAUACAUAUUUUAAAUGAUACAAGUAAAUGGAGUUCCCUAUGUUCUAUAUUUAGACAAAUGAUCAAAUAUAAGUUUUUUUACAGGUAUUUUCCUGAAGAAUCAGAAUGGAUUAAGGUACAUUUGGAUGGGAUUGUUUUUGUAUUUUGUAGUACAUAUGAGUGUGGAAAUAAAUGUAGGCUUUUGUCAAUGUUAAAAGAGGUUGUACUGACUAAUUCUAGUAUUGAAUUUGAUGAAUUUUCUCAACUAAAAACAUUUAUAAAUCAUAAAUAUGGCAGACAAAUGAGUCAUUAUGACCUGACAGCCAUUAAGUUAUUACUAUCAAAGAAACAUGGAGGUUGGCUAAUUCUAAAGCAUUUGCAGAGUAGAUUUAAUGACAACUCACUACAACUUAUGGAACAAGUAAAAUGUAUUUGUAAAGUUGAUAUAAAUCCUGAGACUAUAAACAACAGUGUUAUAACGUGCAAAUCAGUUGAAGAUACAUAUAACUUUAUUUACUUUACAUUAUUAUACAAUAAAUCCUUUUUGUAUAUAUCUGGACCAAGUGUAUCAGGUAAAUCGUUUUUAUCAAGAAUUGCAAGUACAAAUUUGGGGUUUGAAUUUAUAGAAGCACAUGAUAUGUCAAAGGAUGACAUUGUUUCAAUAAUAAUAUCGUGUGGAUUAAACAAUAAAAAAUGUGUAAUAUUUAUUAACAUUGAUAUUUUAGUGGAUAUGAAGCUAUAUUUUAUAGUUAAAAAUAUGAUUUCGAAGGAAUAUUCAGUAGUACUUUAUGAUGCACUUAUUAGAGAUGUUUAUGAUAAAAAUUCAGUAUCUAUACCUUAUGAUGAUUUUAUUAACGAGUUUAAAAUGAAAAUAAAUGAUAAUAUAAGAUUUAUACUAACUGGAAAUAAUAUAGAAAACUCUCUUAUGAAUAGACUUAUAAAAUAUAACAUGCCAUGUAUAUCAUAUGAUGAAUAUGUUCUAAUGUCACAUGGUAUGAUAGAGGAUAGUAAAGAGUUAAUUCCAGAUAUAUACAAUGUAUGCAAAGAAUAUGUAGGAGAUGGGUUUAUAAAUUAUAUAUUUAUACUUAAAAUGACAAAACAUUGGUAUCAAAUAUCAUUUGAAAUUAAUGUUAAAUUGCUAAAGCACCUAAAUAGAGGUAUAGAUAAAAUCAAACUAUUUAAAAACAACGUUGAUAAAAUGGAGUCAUCUCUGAAUCAAACAAGGUGUAAGCUUGAUCAAAUGAAUAUUGAGUCUGAAACUAAAAUAAAAAUGCUAGAAAUUAAAAGAAAAGACUGUGAAGAAAAGAAGAAACUUGCAAUGGAAUUGGCAAGUGGUUUAAAGGAGAGGAAAUCCAUUUUGGAUCAUAAAAAACAAAUGAUCAAAAGUCAAAUAAACAACAUUGAUCCUUUGAUUAAGAAAGCAAAAGAAGAUGUAGAAAAUAUAAACAAGAGGUCCUUAGAAGAGCUCAAGAGCAUGAAUAACCCUCCAUUUAUAGUAAAAUAUACAAUUGAAACAGUUUCUAUGAUAUUGAAAAAUGGUAGGAAAAUACAGUGGGACGAUGCUAAAAAGCUCUUGAAAAGCUCAGAUUUUAUCACAAAAAUAAUUCUAUAUGAUAUUGAAAAUAUGCAAGAGAAUGUAUAUAAUAUGCUAAAGGAGAGGUUGGAAAUAUCUGAAUGGGAUGUAAAUAGGAUAUUUAAAGCAUCAAAAGCCGCAGGUCCAUUGGCAAAAUGGGCUAAUUCAAUUUUAAUAUGUUAUGAAAUUUAUAAACAAGUGAUACCAUUAAAGAAUGAAAUCAUUCAAAUUGAAGAAGAAUAUAUAAGAAAUGAGAAUAUUUUGGCGGAACAAAACAUGUUAAUAUCUCAAUCACAAAAUGAAAUUGAGCAGAACCAGUUGGAUUAUGAAAAGAAUAUACAAGUGUCUAGUAAAAUUCAAAAUGAAAUUGAAAUCAAUCAGAAUGAACUGAUGGUAUCUAAGAAAGUAAUUGAUGAUUUAACAAAUGAACUAGUGAGAUGGAAUAAAAGAGUUUCUCAUAUCGAAAAUCAUAAUAAAUACCUUUUAUGUAAUUCUACAAUCGAGGCCAUUAUGCCUAUAUAUGUAUCAUUAGAUUAUAAUACCAGAACCACAUUUAUACAAAAAUGCAUAGAAACUUUAAAGAAAAAAUUUGAAAACUAUUCUUUUGAUAUUAAAAGUAUUUUUAACAUUGAAAAAUAUAUAAUUGAAAUGUACAAGAGAUUAAGGCACUUUGUUGUACUGGACUCUAGUGAGUCUGAAUAUACAUCAUUAAUACAGGAACCAUAUACACAAGUGUCAUGUUGUGACGUUAACUUUAUUAAGGUUUUAAAUUCAGUCAAGAGCUUAUCUGGGAGCUUAUUAGUUAAGGACAUACAUUGUUGUGAUGUAAAUAUAAAACUAAAAAUAUUAAACGAGUUUAAAGAAAAGGUAGAUGUAGAGACUGAUUUUACCAUGUACAUUAUUUCCACAAACGAAUACUUUGGGAUGAACAAAUGUGUAGAUAAAUGUAUAAUUGAGUCCAUAUAUAACAGAGCUAUAGUUUUGAACAUGAAGUUAAAUAGUGAAUGCUUUUUGGAGUAUACCAAAAAUAAAAUAAUUGAUGUAUUGGAACCUGAAAUAUACUCUUUGUAUAUCAAUAGUAAUAAAAAUAUUGAUGAACUAAAUUUCAGAAUCAACGAUAAUGAAACUAGAUUAUUAGAUAAAUUAGUUGAUUCAGAUGUGUUUGACCCUGAUUUUGUAAAAUUUAUAGAUGAGUAUAAACAGGUAAAUGAACAAUUAGACUCUUCCUUGAAUGAUUUAAAGAAAUCUUAUGAAAUCUAUGAACAGGCCAUUGAUUCCAAACUACCACUAAUCGAACUACUUUAUUAUAUUUAUAAAGAAGUCGAAGAGUUGGGGAAUUUAAAUAAAUUGUAUUGUUUUGAUUAUAAUGCCCUCUUUUACUUUACUAAAGUGCUAUACAACCGAGAUAAUUAUAUAACUGAUAUCAUUAUAUUAACAUAUAAUUGGAUAUCAGAGGGUAUUUUAGAAACUGACGGGAUAAUUUGGGGAACAAAAAUGUUAAGAAUAUUAUCCAAAUACAACAAUGAGCUCAAGGAAAUAAAUGAUUCAAGUAAUAAUACAUCUAAUUCUAUACAACUUUUAAUAAACAAUUAUUUAAAAUCACAAGAUUAUAAUGAUAUCAUACUGGAUUAUUAUGAUACGAUAGUAUUGUUAACCGACGGAUUCGAGGAUCCGGUCUAUAUAUCAGAAUCAAUAUCAAAUAAGAGGGAAAAGAGUUUGGAUGCGUAUGCAGUGGGUUCACUCUCUGAAAUGACUAGGGUAACAAACUCAAUGUUAAAAUCGUUAAAUAUGGGAAAUUAUAUAAUUUUGAAAAACAUACACUUAUCCAAGACUUGGAUAAACAAAAUUGAAACGGAUUUCUUAAAUAAAUAUAAAAGUAGUAAAAUAUUCCUAACUUGUGAUAUGAAUGUUGAACUGUCAAAAAACAUGUUAUUAUCAUGCCAUAAAAUAUUAUCCGAGUUAACUGAAUUGAAGUCUUUAAUAUCUCACUUGUUCAACAUUUUUGCAAAUAAUUCGUAUUUGAAAUGCUCCAGAUUUAUUUUAUUAAAGUGUGUGGUAAUCCACUCAAUUAUCAUUCUAAGACAAGUGUAUAUUCCUUUUGGAUGGAGUAAAAAAUAUAAUUUUAACACUAACGAUCUAAAGAUAAUUCUUACAUUUUUGAGUGAAUCAUUGAAUAAAUCUGAUUUAGAUCAAGUAAAAACAUCUUGUUUAAUAAAUGAUAUAAUAAAAGAGGUAUACACUGCCAAAAUAACUUGUGAGAUUGAUUUAAAACUACUCGAUGAUAUUAUACAAGUGUCAGACCAAAGAGUUCAGGAAUCUGAUGAUAUUGGGACUUGGAUUGAAAAUAACUCUUUAGAUGAUGGGUUUGCGUUUAUAGGAUUCACAAAGUAUACACAAAAUGAGAUUUUAAACUCAAAAACAUAUAAUAAUAAAUCAUGCAUUGAGUAUGAUGGAGAAUAUAAAACUGAACUUAAUACAGAUUGUAAAGUGUUUCAAAAUUUUAUUAAGGAUGAAAUUGCUGAAGCGACUGUUAAAAAAAGUGUAAAUCCUCUAGAACACACAAAAGAGUUGGAGAAUAUUACCAGAUUUAUAAACGGCGAAAAUAUGGGUACCAUUAAUUUGAAUAACAUAAUCUUGGCUAAUCGACUUAUUAACUUGGUAAAAUUUUGUAUACCGAACAACAUUGACCCAGAAGAGAUGGAACUUACCUUAACAAUAGACAAUUUAGGUGAAUUAUUAGGAAAUUGGUUCAAAGUGAGGGUGAAGCUGUGGAAUGGAGAAUAUGACCCGGAUGAUAAUUUAAUAUUGAGUGGCACUGAUUGUGGAAGAGAGCACGAAUUAUUUUUCUGCUGGGCCAGAAAGGUUGAAAACACGAGUGAACACAACGCUUUGAGGACUUUAAUACCUUUAUAUAAAUCAAACGGGUUUGUUUAA